GGCUGAGAACGCCGUCAGUAGCCGGUUUGCGAGUCGCUUCAGUGGAGCCGGUCCGGCGACUGUUAACAGGCGGUUUCGUAGCGCGGGAAGCGAGCCCUCCCCCCUCAAAGAUCGUCGGGUCGCCUCAGAACGUCGCUUUCGCGUUCCACACGGUAUUGUGACACGGAGAAUCCCCCCGCGGGGAAUAUGGCGAGUGUCAGAAAUGGAAUCGGAGGGCCGAGCGGCGGCGAGGAGGAAAACUUUGAAGAUGCCUUUGAACACAUCCCAGUGGCUGCAAAAUGGACCUUAAAUGUGCUUUGGAAGAGGUUCAGUGGCAAUAAAUUUAUUUCUUAACAAUAAAUUUUCAGAAGCUUUGGAAUUACUUCGACCAUGGUCUAAAGAUAGCAUGUACCAUGCCGUAGGUUAUAGCGCUAUAUUAUUUAUGCAAGCAACAAUGACGUUUGAACAACAGGAUAUCCAAAUGGGACUGUGUACAAUUAAAGAAGCUUCAACUUGUCAAAAGUUUAGAAAAAGAAACACAAUGGUGGAAUCAUUAUCCAGUUUGGUUUCAAAACAGUCUGUAGAUCAGCUGAGUGAAGAGGAAAUGCAUGCAGAACUCUGUUAUGCUGAAUGUUUACUGCAGAAAGCAGUCCUGACAUUUGUACAGGAUGAAAAUAUGAUCAAUUUCAUCAAAGGUGGCUUGAAAAUCAGAACAAGUUAUCAAAUAUAUAAGGAAUGCCUUCACGUUCUGCAGAUGACCCAAAACAGCAAAAUCAGGAAUGAAAUAUUCCACCAAUAUGAAGGAGGUGUACAACUAGGAAUAGGAGCUUUCAAUCUGAUGCUGUCCCUUUUACCAGGAAGAAUUCUCCGACUUCUUGAAUUUAUUGGGUUUUCAGGCAAUAGGGAGUUUGGUCUUCAUCAGUUACGGGAAGGAGCUUCUGGUCCCAGUUUACGAGCAAUAAUGUGUACUUUUACCUUGCUGCUAUAUCACACCUAUGUUUCAUUAAUCCUUGGAACAGGGGAAGCCAAUCUCAUUGAAGCAGAGGCUCUCCUUCAACCUUAUCUUCAGAAGUUCUCAAAGGGUGCCCUCUUUCUGUUUUACGAUGCCAGAAUCAACAUAUUGAAAGGAAAUUUUGAAAAGGGUGAGGUAACAUUCCUGGAGUGCAUUGCUGCUCAGCAAGAGUUGAAACAGAUCCAUCAUCUCUGCUACUGGGAACUGAUGUGGUGUUACUCCUUCCAGCAGAACUGGCUUCAAGCAUAUCGGUAUGCAGAUCUGCUUUGCAAAGAAAGCAGGUGGUCAAAGGCAAUAUAUGUAUUCCAGAAAGCUGCCAUUUUGCUUAUGCUUCCUGAUGCUGAUGUGAAAACAACAGGAGAAGAUAUUGUAGCUUUGUUUCGGCAAGUAGAAGGCUUAAAGCAAAGAAUUGCAGGAAAAUCUAUCCCAACUGAAAAGUUUGCUGUGAGGAAAGCACGACGCUAUGGGACCUCUCCUCCUGUGAAACUAAUAGUGCCUGCUCUGGAAAUGAUGUAUGUCUGGAGUGGGUUUUCAGUUCUUGGAAAGAGAGCUGACUUCACUGAAAAUAUGUUAAUAACUAUUGAAAAAGAAGAAACAAUUUUAAAAAAUGAAACCCAUCACACUGAAUUUUACAUGGAUGAUGUAUGUUUGCUACAACUACUAAAAGGAUUGUGUUUGAAGCAUUUAGGAAGACUCUUGCAAGCAGAACUCUGUUUCAGUCAAGUUAUUCAAAGUGGGAAGCAAUUGAAGUAUGAUACCUACUUAGUUCCAUAUUCAACGUUUGAAUUGGGUCUUCUUUAUAAACAACAGGAUGAAAGAGAAAAAGCUGUAAGAUUUAUAGAAGCUGCAAAAAACAAUUACAAGGACUAUUCCAUGGAAUCCAGAUUACAUUUCAGAAUCCAUGCAGCACUUAGCAGUAUGAAAGUGACUCCUGCUCCAACACCAUGAUGCCUUCUGAAGUUGUUGUCUAACAUGUCUGUACAAGUUAAUGUUUAAAAGCCUACAAAAAUCAUGUAAAUUAUGUAACAAAAAAUGUAGUUUAUAUUUUCUAUCAUUUGUGAUAAUUGAAUGUCUGCCUGCCUCAUCAUUGUGAAUGCUUCUUUUUUCUAUGCUUCAUUUCCAUAUUUCUGCUUAACAUUUAAGAGGAAACCUAUUUUAUUUAUAGAAAGAUUAAUGCUUGAAACAAUAGGGGAAUAUUAAAAAUUGCUGGUACAAUAAAGAGUAAUUCAAACAUUUAUUUUUUUAUGGAAAUACUAAUAUUGUUUAUGCAUGAAACUGUACAAUACAUUUGGUAAUAGUUUCAGCAUUGCCUAAAGGGUUGUAUUUCUGCAAUACCUUUAUUAUGUAAUAGGAUUAAAAAAAAUGGCUGCUGGUAGCCCUAGAUGCUGUAUCUGGAUUUGAAGCUUAGUUUUAUAUACCAAAGACCAAAUUACCAUACUGUAGCAAAAAUAAUGCUUCAAGUCAUUUCAUGAAUGUUAGCUUGCAUUCAGUGCAAUAUCCUGACCCAAUCUCUAAAGAUAGUUAGGAAAGGACUUUGAGUUUUGUUCAAUAACCUAGGAGUGUUUUUAAAAUAUAGGACGAAAAUAUUUAUCAGUGCAAAGGGUUAUAGUAAAGCAAAAACCAAACAAUAGAAAUGUUUCAGUUUUUUGUUCCAUUAUAUCUAUUUAAUUCAGCAACCUUGCAGGGAAUUCACUAGAAAAAUAUGCAGCUAAUGUUCUGAAGAUUCUUAUGCCCACCUCAUCAGAGGUGGGAUUCACUUGCCUUUCCUACCGGUUCGAAAAUGUGAAUUUGUGUGCACACACUAGCUUCGCCCACCCGCGCCUCAUCUAUGCAUGCGCACCACCACCUGCGCAUGUGCAGUACUCACAUUACGUCGGGGUGGGUCGGCGGAACCUCCCGCAGCCGCUGCUACUGGUUCGCCCAAACUUGAGAGAACCAGCUAAAUACCAUCUCUGUCUCUCAUUAACACUGGAGGUCAGCGGGUUUGAUUCUAUUUUCUUCCAUAUAUUGCAGCAAAAUUCUCAAAUCCCAAUUUCAUAUUUCUUAUGAAAUUGGUAUCCAUAAUGUUUAUUUAGCAUAUUGUCUUGAUCAGAUUUUUAAAAAUGUUUUGCAGAAACUAGUAAUUAAAUAUUUUUAUUCUUCA